UCAUUCAUCUAAGCUAUUUUACGUCCCAUCACCCAAUCUCUCUCUCUCUCUCUCUGUCUCUUCUUUCUCUCCACAUUACCCAUCCUCUAAAAUUCCCCUUCUCCUCUUACACAUAUUGCCAAAACCCAAAGAAAAAACCUACUAUUGUCGGUAAUGAAAGCUGCAUCGGGUGGAGAACCACCACCACCGUCAAUACCAUCAGAAACACCACCGGAGACAGCACAACCACAACCUUCAUCACCAGCAACACCAACACCAAGCCGCUACGAGUCACAAAAGCGACGAGACUGGAACACGUUCCAACAAUAUCUACGUAACCACAAACCACCAUUAACCCUAGCACUAUGCAGUGGAGCACAUGUGAUUGAGUUUCUCAAGUAUCUUGAUCAAUUUGGAAAAACUAAGGUGCACGUGAUAGGUUGUCCGUAUUUCGGACAACCUAACCCACCUUCUCCUUGCGCUUGUCCUCUUAAGCAAGCGUGGGGAAGUCUUGACGCUCUCAUCGGACGUCUUAGGGCUGCUUUCGAGGAAAAUGGAGGGAAACCGGAGAGUAAUCCGUUUGGAACUCGGGCGGUUAGGAUUUAUCUAAGGGAAGUUAAAGAUGGUCAGGCCAAAGCUAGAGGAGUUCCUUAUGAGAAAAAGAAAAGGAAGAGGCCCACUGUCACCGCUGCUGCAAUAAUAUCAACUGCAGCAGCGGUGAAUAGCAAUGGACCUGGUGACGGUGAUGUUAUUGAUGGUAAUACCGAAAGAAUUGGAGCUGGUGUUGGUGUUACCACCAAUAAUAAUACCACCGUCACACCUAUUGUUAGUGUUAGUACGGCUAUAGUAUAGUAUUUAAUUUUAAUGUUUUUUAUUUUUUUCUACUUUAUACAUUUUGAAUGUUAUUAAUAUUAUUCACCUUUAAUUUUAGGGUAAUUAAUCAUGAUAUUAUGGUUUCAUAAAUUAAUUCCAUAUUCAUGGUGAUUUUUUAGAUUGAUUUGUAGUUCAUCAUCAAAGUGAUGUUUAGUCCUUGAUCACGAUCAGACGUUGAUCCACAUAUCACAGCGAGAUUCAUACUUUUGAGAAAUGUUCUCAUAGCUAUGUUUUGUGUCUGGUGUUGAGCUUUCAGCAAAGAAGUCUCGUUUCUAUCAGCUCGGCUCAGUUCGGAACAGUUUAAUUUUCUUUUUCCUCUGUCAGCUAUAUGUUACUAAUUACAAUAAGAUGUAAACUCACAAUUCAAUUUCCUUGAUAUGGCACUAUGUUACUAGGUUUCUUCUAUCUUCUGA